AUGGCAUCCCAGGCUACGGCUGGGGCGGCGCAAUCCCCCUGCAGAUUGGUUCCUCCCUGUGAACGGGGAAAUCACGGUUUUUACGUUGAUGCAAAAGGCGAGCGUGCUAUCAAGACAAUUGGGAAGUACUACUUCACCGAGGAUGCACUCGAACAUGACCUUGCAGCCCUGAAAAAGGGGGAGGUCUACGACAGGGACGAGUUCUUCAAACGGGCGAGGGCAUGGUACAAAGCGGAGAUCGAUCGCAUACUUCACUUGGAAACUGUACAACAGCAGGAGAUGCUCCAAGCCGCUUCGAACCUGGCCGUUUCGAAACAAGGUGCACCAGAAAGCUUAACUCCAGCGGCGCCGAAUAAAGAUUCAGAACUGGUUCCCUGUCGUCUAGCCGAAGCUCGAUCUCAAACGCCAACCCGCAUCCAACCUGACCGCGCCGCAAAACGGAAAGCGGCCGCACUGCCCCCGGCCAAGCGGCCCCCAAGGCGCAAGAAGACGGAACCGGACCCGGCACAGACAGUGAUACCCGCCGCAAUCCAGCAGCAAGGUCUACAAUCCGUCGACUCGCACAGGCCCAAAACAGAAGCGGAGACCAGAGGCGACUACACCCUGGCCGCAUUCGACUGGGCCCAGUUCCUCAACGGCAAUCAGGGCGAGCACCACCCUUCCCCCUGGUCCUACGUGCAGCUGCAGGGUUUAGACGUGGCCUAUUUCUGCAUGCGAUUGGAGAAGGCGGUGGAGGGACAGAUUAGCGAGCUUCUUGCCGAGAAAGGCCUUGGGACGGAGCCGGACGCGAAUAGACACCAAACUCCCGCCGCUGAUCCGAUCUCCGCCACCGGGGUGAAAGAGCCCGUCCGAACGGACCCCGGCGGCGGCGGCGGCGGCAAGACGAAACCUCCAGCACCAGAAACAUCUAUUCCUCACCACACCAAAACUCACCUCCCGGUCCAGAACCAAACCCACCCCAACCCGCUCUGCCCACUCCACCACCCCUCGAAACACCCACUGGCACCACCACCGCCGCCGGUGCCAAUCCCCUUCUCACCCGCCGCAGCCCUCGCCCCAGGCGAAGACUGGCGGCCGCCCUCCCCAACAACACCCGUCACCACCAAAACCACAACCACCACCAUAACC